UUGAAAACACCCAAGUGGGUUUUGGGGGAGAAUGGUGGGUUUUUAGGAAGCGCCGCCAGCAUGGCACAUGGGUGCAUCCGUGUUUUGGGAAGAAUAAAAGGGAAAACUUGGAAAAAUAUUGCUUUUUUUUUUGGUGAGCGAGGUGGGGGGAUGCAGCACUGCUGUCCCCCCCUCCCUGUCUGCGCUGGCUCGUGCUUGGGUGGGUUUGGGGUUUUGGUGAUGCCGAGCGCGAUGCCGGGGGUGCGGGUGGGGGAUUUGACGUCAUUCCCGGCGCAGGGAUUUCGACCCGGUCGCGGUGAGACGCGUUUUGGUGGGUAAAGGUUUGGACCGAGCCGGCGGGAGCGGUGCUGAAGGGAUGCUGCGAUUUAUCACCGGGGAAGGGAGCCAGCGGUCCCGGAGAGACGCCAGCUUCUGUCUGGGAGUCGGCUCGGAUCCAACCCACAUCCCCCCCCCAAAACGCAGCUUUCAGAAAUAAACCCUUUUUGCGGAUUUUUUCACCCGCUCUCACCUAGAUGGAUCUACCCCAGCUUGGGGAUGUGCCAGGGUCUCUGACCGGGCUGAGAUGCGGCUGCAACGAAAAAGGCAAAACUCCACGAUGGCUUUUUCCCCCUCUGGAUCCCAGGUGCUGCGGCCUGUCCCCGGCCUGCUUUGCUGGCACAUGGCCACCGCACACCCGGCGCCUUGCCGUGCCUUUUUAUUUCCUUGCAGCGAGGCGACGCGUUUUGGGGCGAUUCCUCGCCGUUUGACGGAACGUUGGCAGAUGCCAGUGCCGGCCCGACUGCCGGGCUCCCAUCCUGCCGGCACCGUGACGCUCCUUGCCGGCACGACGGAUGAGCCGCCGUGGUGCGAUGGGAGAUGUGGUGAAGGGGAACGCCGUGUGUGUCCGACCGGAUUUAAGCCAGGUGGUGGUUAAAGACGAUGCCACGACCCGCUGCCUCCCUCCCCGAUUUUUCUGGCAGUCCCUGGCCGCCAGCCCUCCCGAGUGCCAGCGUGGUGUUUUUUUCCAAGUGACACAGCACAAUCGGCGAGGGAUGGAGAAAGCUGUCCCUAAUUUCUCAGAGCGCCAAGGAGAUGGAGGCAGAGCCCUGUUAAUGACACCGGAGCCAAACAAAGAGACUUUUCCUGCCCUUGAGUGCCCCCAAGGCGAAGAACGAAGAGCCGCUUUCCUUCAAGAUGCAAAAAAGCCCCUGGAGAACCUGGCUUUAUCUGGGACGUCGGUGGAAGCAGAGACGGAGCUCGAGGAAGAUGCUUUCUACGCCGUGGAUGAUCUGGCGGCGAUAAGCCGGGAGGGGAAGGGACCCUCCGGUGCUGAGCUGCACCCGUUGCAAGAGGACCCCAACUUCUUCUCGCCGCUGUCCCGUCCGGAGCCCGACGUUGCCCUGGAAGCGCACGAUGUGGCCGAUGAGCCUGAUCCUGCCCUCUCCGGUGCCGUCCCAGCCACAGCUCACAGGACCGAACUCGGCUCCACGAAUGAAGAGCAUUUGGAGUUCAAGAAGGCUUUGUACAGAACGGAUGCCAGGAGCUCCCUAGACCUGCGAAACGUGAGCGUGUCUGGCAGCGUGACCUGGGACACCUCUGCCCUGGAGACAAGCGUGGGUGAUGGAAGAGAAGAAAGCACUUUAGAGAGACUCUCUGGCUUGAAGGACUCGAAGGACACGCGGUGUGUAAAGGAGUCGGCGUUCGCCGUGGAGCCCCAGGUUGUAAAUACUGUGCAGGUGGAUCCCGAGCAACUGGAGAGCGACUCCGAGGACCUGGAGGGUGGCAAGGUGGCAGCAGAGACACCCAGCCCUUGUGCUGGGGCAUCGGUUGGCAGCGAGGAGGAGAAAUAUCUUAAAAAUGAACCAAAGCAACUUGAAGGCCUCAGCAAAGAGCACUUAGAUAAAAGCAAGAGGGGAAUCCAGAGGGUCGACUGGAUUUCUAGACCCAGCAAAAGCCCAAGUCCUCACUACAAAGACAUAAACAAGCCGACAGAUGUAGCAACCAACUUGCCCUUUCGGGGACAGUCUGUGCGUGAAGUGCCUCCGCCGCUGACUCCCACGGUGUUCAGAAAAACGCUAAACCCUGUCCUCAGCAAGUCCAAAUCCCUGGAGAGCUCCUCAUCCCACAGGAAGGGGCUGAUGGUCGACGCGGACUUGGGCGAGAUCAGCCAGCUCAAUGCGGCCGAGUGGACAAUCCAGAAGCCAGGUCUUCAGCUCGGCGCCGACCUCGCCGUCGGCAAACAGUCCUGGACGGUAAAUGCCGAAGACUCGGUGGAGCGGAUCCCGUUGAUGUCUCUGGAGCCCGCUCCCUGCAGCUCCUACGACAUCGAGAUGAGGCCCUACGUGUGCAGCGUCUUGUUGGAGGGGCAGGGGAAAGAGGAGCUGGGUCCGGAGGAGGACCCUACGGUGUACACCUGCAUCGAGUGCAGCAUUUACUUCAAGAAAAAGGAACAUUUGAUGGAUCACAUGCUUCAGCAUAAUCGUGGACCAGGGAGGGACCAAGACAGAGACGCUUUGGGAGGGCAGUGUCAAUUCUGCUGCAACGAGUGUGGAUGGGCCUUUGGAGACCCCACGUCUCUGGAGCAGCACAAAAGGCUCCACCAAGAGUCUAGGGAAAAAAUUAUCGAAGAGAUCCAGAAGUUGAACGAGUUUCCAGACGAAGGCCGGGAAGCCCGGCUGCAGUGCCCCAAGUGCGUCUUUGGCACAAACUCCUCCAAGAUCUUUGUCCAGCACGCCAAGAUGCACGUCAAGGAGAGGAAGGACCAAGGGGCAAAGAACCUGAAUCUCUUUGGAAGCGCGGGCAGCGGAGAAAUACGGGAUAGCCCCGUGCACGGCAUCUACAAACACUUCAAACCAAAUGAACACAUGUCCCUGCAGAUGCAGGUGCCACCUCACGGCAGCGGCAAAGGGCUCAGCACGUGUAUGCUCUGCAGCUUCCCGGCCCCCAACGAGAACAUCCUCAAGGAGCACAUGAAAUACGCCCAUUCCCACCUCUCCUGGGACACGGAGGUGUAUGAGGAUGAUCCCAAUCAGCCGGGAACGAGCAGAGAUGCCUACAGCCCGGCCAGGCCAGGCCGGUUUGCAGAGACGGAUUAUUUUGGCAAAGCAGACCGGCUCUUCCCUCCGCCUCACCGAGAAAGCACAUCGCACUACGAAGCUGUCCACGGUUUUGCCCUGACUCACCCAAGACACGACAAAAGCAACGGGGCUAGUAAAAAGGACUAUCAGACAUCAGGGUUUCAUGCCAGGAAGGCAGCUCCAUACUCUGCCCCGCACAAAAACCUGGGGCUGUCUGGUUUUCCCUCUGCUAAAGCUUAUUCCCAAUUUGCUCUGCAGCAGCUGAAAAAAAAAGCAGCAGCUCAGCACCUUGAAGGAGAAGGCGACGGUCUCAGGAGCCACCCGAUGGGGUUGGAGGAGCUCAGGCACAAGUGGGUGUUGGCCAAUGAUGCUGGGAGCAUGGAAGAGGAGAUCACCGUAAGCGCAGACAUGGAUUUGAGCGACAACAGAGGCAUCAAACCCGUCACCAUCCCUCAAGCUGCCUUGGACCUCAAGAGGACGUUCAGAGACACCUUGAAAGCCACGGACUCUUCGAUCGCUUCGGAGGAGCAGCAGCAGCAGUUGCGGAAGAUGGUCCCCAUCGUCCUCCUGGAGGAGGUGAACCUGCACCCCAAGACGACGAAGCGGCCCCGGGGGAAGCCGUUCAAGAAGAAAACAACGCUCCCUUCCCGGGAAUUCAUGAUGGAAGAGCCCCUUCCCUUGGAUGUGCUCCUGUUGGACGCUCCUCUGGAGGGUCCUCUGGAGCUUGAUGACCUCUUGGACUCCGACUCACCCAUGCUGAAGAACGAGGAGAGGAAAUGCCCCUACUGCCCAGACAGGUUCCACAACGGGAUCGGGCUGGCAAACCACGUGCGGGGCCACCUCAACAGGGUGGGGGUGAGCUACAACGUCCGUCACUUCAUCUCAGCGGAAGAAGUGAAAGCUAUUGAGCAAAAAUUUUCCUUCCAAAAGAAGAAGAAAAAAGGUAUUGCCAACUUCGACCCGAGUACUUUCAGCCUGAUGCGAUGCGAAUUCUGCGGGGCCGGCUUCGACACGCGAGCGGGUCUCUCCAGCCACGCCAGAGCCCACCUGAGAGACUUUGGUAUUACCAACUGGGAACUCACCAUCUCGCCCAUUAACAUCCUCAAGGAGCUGUUGGCCAACUCAUCGGAGCAUCCGAUGCUGCAAGCGGCGAUGGGAGCGGAGCCCUCGUCCCCGAGCCGAGAGAGGGAGGCUCACGGCUUCGUGCCCCGCAAGAGCAUGACCCCCAUGUCCGAGUGCAGCAUUCCACGGUCGCCUCUGUCCCCGUUCCCCCCGUCCUGGGGAGACGAGUCCCUGCAGUCCUACAGAGACGUCCUGGCUCCCGAAGAUGAAGAACUGGUGGCCAUGGAGGUGGGUUCACCCCCUCUCCCGAAAAAAAGCGCUCCCGCUGGGCAGCUGGAUCAACCCCCCACCAGGAUAGGGACCAAACUGUCUCCUGAGCCGCCCGGGAGCAAACCAGAGCCUCAGGACUCCAAAACCCAGAACCUUACGACGUGUGAAGUAUGCGGCGCCUGCUUCGAAACCCGCAAGGGCUUAUCCAGCCACGCCCGUUCUCACCUACGGCAGCUCGGCGUCGCCGAAUCGGAGAGCAGCGGGGCUCCCAUCGAUUUGCUUUACGAACUGAUGAAGCAAAAAGGCAAACCCGACGGCAGCCCCAUGUCUCCCACCCUCGGCAAAAAAACCGGCUCCCCCAAAGACGCCACCGCCGGUUCCCCUCGCCCCACGCUCCUGGCGCUCGGCAAGGCCGGCGAUCGCCCGCCGGACGGUCCCGUUAAUAAAGCCAUCAAAUCCCCUCCCGGCUUCUCGAAAAACCUCUCGCAACCAGGAUCCCCAAUCCUUAAGAAGGUGCCGCCCUCUCUUUCGGGGUCCCCAUCUCCGAAAAACCCUGAGGAGAAGAGCUCUAAGCUCUCGCUGAGCCCUCUGCAGAGCUCCCCGAAAGCGCAGUGGCCGCAGGCGGAUGAGGAAGGACCCCUUAAUUUAACCUCGGGGUCGGAGCCGGUGCGAGACAUCCGCUGCGAGUUUUGCGGCGAAUACUUCGAGAACCGCAAAGGUUUGUCGAGCCACGCUCGCUCCCACCUCCGCCAAAUGGGGGUGACCGAGUGGUACGUCAACGGCUCGCCCAUCGACACGCUCCGGGAGAUCCUCAAGCGGAGAACCCAGCCGCGGAGCAGCGCCUCGAAUCCCGCCGGGCCCGGGCAAAAAGCCAUGGCCAAGACCCUCUUGGGCAGCAUGGGAUCCUUGGAGCCGCGCGGACCCGGAGAGAUUCACAUCCCCACCCUCACCAAGAAGGUCCAGCAACCCGGCAGCCCCAUGGGGCAAUCGCCUACCUCGUCCCCACCUCCCACCGCCCGGAAGAUGUUUCCAGGCCUUUCUCCUCCCUCCUUGCAGAAGAAACUCAAACAAGAUCAACUGAGGGUGGAAAUCAAGCGGGAGAUGAUGUCGGGAGGACUUCACGGAGAGCCUCACCCAUCCGACCGAGCCUGGUCGCCGCGGGAGGAGAUGUCUCCCUUGAACCUCUCCUCCCGAGCCGACCCGGUGCGAGACAUCCGCUGCGAGUUUUGCGGCGAAUACUUCGAGAACCGCAAAGGUUUGUCGAGCCACGCUCGCUCCCACCUCCGCCAAAUGGGGGUGACCGAGUGGUCGGUCAACGGCUCGCCCAUCGACACGCUCCGGGAGAUCCUCAAGAAGAAAUCCAAACCCUGCAUUAUCAAGAAGGAGCCCCACCCCUCCAGCAUCGAACCCCCUAAAUCCAUCGGGGAGGAAGGGACGGACCCCAAGUCCCCGGGAAAAAUUCUUCAGGGCAUGGCCCUGCCUCCCCUGGGCGGGCGGACGGGGAAACCCAACCCCGGCGGUUCCACCUUGAACCGGGAGAUCUCGUUGUCGCCUCUCGCCAGCAAACCCCAGGGCGGUUUCCUGACGCCGCUGUCCGCCAAACGACCGUUGCAGGACGAUCGGCUGGGUCCUCACGCCGAGGUCAAGCACAAGGCUUACAUCCAGACCGAGCUGCCCUUCAAAGCCAAGUCCGUGCACGAGAAACCCGCGCACACCUCCAGCGAAGCCUGCUGCGAGCUGUGCGGCCUCUACUUCGAGAACCGCAAAGCCUUGGCCAGCCACGCGCGGGCGCACCUCCGGCAGUUCGGCGUCACCGAGUGGUGCGUGAACGGUUCGCCGAUCGAGACGCUCAGCGAAUGGAUCCGACACCGACCCCAGAAAGCCGGCGCGUACCGCAGCUACAUCCAAGGCGGGCGACCCUUCACGAAGAAAUUCCGCAACUCGUCCCACGCCCGGGAUCACGAGGGCGGCGGCGCUCGCCGGAUGCCGCUCAGCCUUCAGGCCGGCGGCGUGACCUUUCUCAGCAAAGGCUUGGCAGGGGAUCUGGCUCACGGCGACGCCGGGAAAAUCCUCGACGGGGGAAGCGGCGGCGAGCGGCCCAUGAUCACAUCCCCCCUCUCCCUGGUGAAGGUGGAGGAACAUCAACGCUCGAACAUCAACAAGUUUGAGCGGAGGCAAGCGAGGCCCCUGGACGCCCCCCUCCACCGGGAAGAGGAAGGGGCCGAAUUCCAGCAGAAAAUGGAGGAGACGCGGCAGCCGCCGCCGCGGAUGAGGCCGGUGCCUUCCCUGGUCCCUCGCCCGCCGCAGACUUCCUUGGUGAAGUUCGUGGGGAACAUCUACACCCUCAAAUGCAGGUUCUGCGAGGUGGAAUUCCAAGGUCCCCUCUCCAUCCAGGAGGAAUGGGUACGGCACCUCCAACGACACAUCCUGGAAAUGAAUUUCUCCAAAGCGGAUCCUUUACGGGGCGAAGCUCCUCCCCCCCCCCCCGAACCUCCCACCCUCGCUGAGGCUCAGUAACGGGCGCCCAAAAUCCCGGCUCACCGUGACGCAGCCGGCACAGGGAAGCGACCGCGGAUGGCGCCGGAAUAUCCUCACCCCCCCCUUCCCCUGUCCACAAUUCCUUAAUUUUUUGGAGGGGGGAAAAGAGGAGGGGGGGGGGUCAAUCGCUGCCUCUGGAGCUUCCCCCCAACUUCCAGGGGACAAACCGAGGGGGGGGGACAACCCCAGUCAAGCACUACAUGGAUCAAGACAGCCCUCGGCGAUCCCACGGGAGACACGCGGCAGCUGGGGUCCGGCACCGGAUCGGGACGGGGAGGGGGCAGAAUUUUUCCCUCCUCCUCGCUUCCCAAAAAUCCCACUUUUUUUUUUUUUUUUUUUGAUUUUUUGUUUCGUUUUGUUUUUAACCCAAAGAACAAACGGUGUCGCCUUUGCCGGCGGCGAUUCGGGGCAGAGCCGGGCCGGAGGGGAAUUUCGGGGAGCAGCCGCCUUCCUGGAAAACGCUGUGGAUUUUGUAUAUGACCCUUAGAGUUAAUGUAUAUUCGAUUUUUUUUUUUUUUUAAUUUUUUUUUUUUUUCCCCUCCUUCUAUAGGCAACGAUAAAAUUUAGUCUUGCGUAGAUGUCGGAAUCCCUCGGUUCCGGGGUUGCAUGUUGCCCAAAAUCCCCUUUUCCCACACCAAAAAAAAAAAACAAACCACCAACAAAAACCGCCGCCGCUUCCCUCCUGCUUUUUCCAAAAAAGAAAAAAUCCCCAAAAAACCACAAAAAUCCCCCCAGAUUCACUCCGCUUCCCUCCCCCCGCCGCCGCAUCCCAUCACCAGAGAGGAGCAGCGGGUGAGACCCACCGGAGAAAAUAAACUCCAGUGGGAGCUGGAAAUUCCGCAGGGAGAUCCCGGCGUUCCCGUCGGGAAUCGGCCGCGGCGGCGCUGGGAGGAUUCGGCUCAGCCCCCCCCCCGCCCCACUUUCACUGUUCCUUUAUUAUUUUGUUAUUUUUUUCCCUGUUUUUUCCUCGUCUAGCUCCAUAGACCUUUUUUAAACUCCUAGAUUUGUGUAGAAAUAAGGAAUAUUCAUUUUUAUUUGGAAAUCCCAAAACUUCCGACUUUCGGAAGGAAUUUUAAUGGAUAAAUUUUUUUUUUUUUGGAAUUUUUUUUUUUUUUUAUUUCCACUUUUUUGGGGCAUAUUCUGGUGAUUCUUGUACCCGGGAAUAUGGGACGAUGGAUUAAAUUCUUCUGGAAAUGAA